AUGUCAAAUACUAAUCGUAUCGUAAAUGAUGCAGAGACACGUCAUCAUCGCGACUUCUUUACCGGGACGCGAGAACGGAGCGGGUGUCGACACCAGCAUGAGCGCGCUGUCAAAACACCACACAGAGAACUAAAUGACCUCAGGGGAAGAGAAAGACCAUACAAUGCUGAGCCAUCACAAGGACCUGCCGAACCAGAGGCUCCACAGGUGGACGACUGCGAGAAGAUGGGCACUUUGUUCGGGGAGCUCAACAAGUGUUUGAGGGGGUCUGUCACCCAGCUUUACUUCGGAGAGAGAUCGUGGAGCCAGUGGUCGUGCUGGUUUUUUUGGUUGCUGCUGUGGUUCCUCGGGAAUCCAGGCACGUUGGCCUUGUGGGGAACUCUGUGCAUCAUAACUCAUUUUACAUCCAGAAAUAGCAGAUGA